AUUUUUAUUACCUCUAUUAUUCCUCUCAUAUUUACUAUUAUUCUUAUCAUAAUUAAUAUACUCUUAUCCCUUAAAGUUUUUCAAGAUCGAGAAAAACCAUCUCCAUACGAAUGUGGAUUUAAUCCUUUAACUUCGCCUCAUCUCCCAUUUUCUAUUCAAUUUUAUUUAGUUGCUGUAAUUUUUUUAAUCUUUGAUAUUGAAAUUAUUUUUAUACUUCCCUUUAACCCCUCUCUAACAAUAAACUACUAUCUAUUUUAUUGAAUACAAUCAUUCCUAAUGAUUUAUAUUUGCUUAGUUAUUGGACUAAUUUACGAAUGAAAUGAACAAUCAAUUAUUUGACUUAAAUAA